CUCAGAGCUGAAAGGUUCGCCGAGAAAAAACAAGAGGAACCGAAAAGAUAAAAAAAAACAACAAGAAGAAAAACACACACAACCCCGGCUAAUUUUAUCUGUCGGGUUUAGAGUGAUAAAGGAAGUUUUUAGGCAGCGGGUGACGGUUGAAAUCGUUGAAACUGGUUUUGUUUCUGUGUCGGGUUGCGCGCGUGCAUCGUUUAAGCAGAAACGUCCUCGCGAGUGAGAAUGGAGUUUAAAUAACCGAGAAAAAGUUCAACACAAACACACUGAGUAGUAAGCGCUCCGUGAGUGUGCUGUGGAAGUGAGACAGCGCUUUCAUGGGUGAACGCACACCGCUGUUGCAUUACCGGCUCGCGGCGAGUGGGCACGAGGACUCCGGUGAGCACCGCACGCGCGAGGAGUCGGCGGAACGCAGGGCGGUGAGACGAAGAUCCGCUCAUGGCCAGCCUCAGAAACUCUCCACCUUCUUCGGGGUGGUUAUUCCCACUCUGCUGUCCAUGUUCAGUGUGGUGGUGUUCUUACGGAUCGGCUUCGUUGUGGGUCAGUGUGGACUGUACCAGGCCGUGGUCAUGUUCUUGGUGGCAUAUUUCAUCAUCAGCAUGACCGUGCUCUCCAUCUGCGCCAUUUCCACCAACGGAGCACUGGAUGCCGGGGGAGCGUACUAUAUGAUCAGUCGAGCUUUAGGGCCGGAGUUUGGUGGCAGUAUUGGGAUCAUGUUUUUCUUGGCCAACGUGUGUGGCAGCGCCCUCUACGUGCUCGGGUUGGUGGAGGCCAUUCUCGCUACCUUUGGACGUCCUGAAGAUGGAUUAGGCCACGCCCCUCAUUAUGCAGUGAUGCCGGUCGGUUAUUGGUGGUCUCUGCUGUACGCCAGCGUCAUCCUGCUGCUGUGUGUGUUGGUGUGUUUGAUCGGCGCUCAUAUCUAUGCCAAGGCCACGUUCCUCAUCUUCAUGGUGGUGAUGGUGGUGCUCUUCACCAUCUUCAUCAGCUUCUUCGCCGUCAGACCUCACAACAUCCCGCUGCCGAGCAUUCUGGGAAACCUGAGCUCCUCCCCCACCACCGCCAACUUCACCAGCUUCAAACUCGACACGCUGCUUGGAAACCUCAAAGCGGAUUACACAGUGGACUACACCACGGGAAUGACGAUGACGUUUGCCACUGUGUUUGCGGUCAUGUUCAAUGGAUGUACUGGAAUUAUGGCAGGAUCCAACAUGUCAGGUGACCUGAGGAAUCCAAGUUACUCCAUCCCUCGUGGAACGAUCACUGCAGUCAUCUUCACUUUCAUCACCUACAACCUGCUCAGCUUACUGGUGGCCUGCACCUGUGACAGAGUUUUGUUACAGAGGGACUACAGUUUCCUGCGUGACAUUAAUCUUUGGCGCCCAUUUGUCACCAUCGGCGUCUACUCAUCCACACUCUCAGCUGCCAUGAGCAACCUGAUUGGUGCCUCCCGCAUUCUGUACGCACUCGCCAGGGAUGAUCUGUUUGGUAAAGUCCUGUCCCCUGCUAGGAAAACCUCAGGCAAUGGGAACCCCUGGGUCUCGGUUCUUAUCUCCUGGUUCCUUGUGCAGCUGGUGUUGUUCUCGGGGAAGCUGAACACCAUAGCGAGCAUCGUCACCAUCUUCUUCCUGCUGGUCUACGCCGCAGUGGAUCUGGCCUGCCUCGCUCUGGAGUGGGCCUCAGCCCCUAACUUCAGGCCCACGUUCCGUUACUUCACGUGGCACACGUGUGUGUUGGGCAUCGUCGGCUGUGGAGUGAUGAUGUUUCUGAUUAACGCCAUCUACACCUCAGCCAGCAUCGCCUUCAUGCUUCUCCUGCUGCUGCUCAUCCACUAUCUGAGUCCGACUAGCAGCUGGGGCUACAUUAGCCAGGCGCUGAUCUUCCACCAGGUGCGUAAAUACCUGCUGAUGCUGGACGUGCGUAAGGAUCACGUGAAGUUCUGGAGACCUCAGGUGCUGCUGAUGGUGGCCAACCCUCGUGCUAAUGUCGGCCUCAUCACCUUCAUUAACGACAUCAAGAAGAGCGGCCUUUACGUCCUCGGACACGUCCAGAUCGGAGACCUGGCCAGUCUUCCCUCCGACCCUCUGCAGUGUCAGUACGACUCGUGGCUCUCCCUGGUGGAUCACCUGAACAUUAAAGCCUUCGUUAACCUGACGCUAGCUGACUCUGUACGACACGGAGUGCAGCACCUGCUCUUCAUCUCUGGACUGGGCGGUAUGAGACCGAACACGUUGGUUCUGGGGUUCUAUGACGACAUUCCUCCUAAGGACCGGCUCCAAGAUCGUUCGUUCCACUCGAGCAGAUCUCUGGAAAACCCCGUGUUUCCUGACGAGCCGGAAGAUCCGGUCUUUCAUUUCCCUCCUCUCCGCGGCAGCAUGGACGGAGCCUGGCAGGGGAAAGUGAUCGGCCCUCAGGAGUACGUCAGCGUGAUCGCGGAUGCCGUGAAGAUGCUGAAGAACGUGGCGUUGGCGAGGUACUUCUGCCAGUUCGACCACACCAGGGCCCGUCAGAACGCCGUCUUCGUGGACGUGUGGCCCGUCAACCUGCUCCGACCCGACAGCUGCUCUUACGUCGACACUUGCUCACUUUUCCUUCUCCAGCUGGCCUGCAUUCUCAACAUGACCAGGGCGUGGCGCAAGGCCAGGCUCCGCCUCUUCCUGUGCGUGGAGACGGGGCGGAGUCUGAAGGAGGCGGAGCGUAAGCUGGGUCAGCUGCUGAAGGAGCUCCGGAUGAAGGCGGACAUUUUCACAGUGCCGUGGGACGCUCAGGUGGCGCUGCACUGGCAGAGGCAGACCAGCUCUAAAAAACGAAAGAAGAACGGAGGAGAGACCGAGGAAGAGGCGGAGCUUGAAGAGGAGGAGGAAGAGGAGGAGCCAGAGGAGGAGGAGUAUGCAAACGGUUACCACAGCAACACUUCCCGCCUGACGGACGACUACUUACUUGCUGUUAAUAGGCUGAUCAGCGACCAGCCCUGCCCUCCCCCUGCUGUGCGUUUCCUGUAUUUGCCCCGCCCACCUGCUGACACACGCCGGUACUGUGACUAUCUGCAUCAGCUGGAGCUGCUGAGCCGUGACCUUGGGCCCACUUUACUUAUCCACGGGGUCACGCCCGUCAUCACUACUGACCUUUGACCUUCACAAGGGUGGCAAAAACUGUAGCGAACAGAAGGUCUGUUAGAAAAGCUCCACUUCCCUCUCGUUUAUUCUCCGCAUUGUUCCCUCGUUUUUAUUCGUUUCCCUUUCUCUCUCUUUUCCCUUUUUUCUUUUUCCCUUUUAUUUAUUUUUCUCCUUUUUGCUCGUUUAGUUUUUUCCCUUUGUUUCCUUUUUUUUUUUCUUUUUCUUUUGUUCCUUCCUUCAUUUUUCCUGCCUCCCUCCUGAUCCUCUUGAUCCUCUUCCUCACACAGCGAUGGAGAGAUGGUUUGUAAAUAUUAAGAGUCAUGCUCUCUGCUGACACAUAUUUCAGUAUUUUCCAGGAACAGGUCUGGACCUCGGUGUUUCUAUGGAUACAAAUGUCGAAAUAUCGUUCGCCUCGGCGUUACACGACAUCACAUCGGCUAAAAAUCGCAUUUCCUUCUCGGUUAUAAAUCCUCCAUUUUGAGUCACUUCGACUAAAAUGUGUCGGUUAUUAUUAAACGAUGCAAACGGUGAUGCCGCCGUCGACACGCAGACGACACGCAGACGUCACGCGCACGCUCCGCGCACACGGUGCUGAGUGAUCAGGCCAACUGUUCACGUCUCCAGCAAUCAGAGUUCAGGAUCAACACGGAGAGAUUCUGUCCAGCGGCACUGCACAGGGUCAGUCAAAUCCUUUAGCUUCCAGUUUCAAUUCUUAAAGCAUACAGCUAGCUUUGAUUAUUUUUUUUAAAUCUCUUUUUUUUGUAGAAAAUUUAGAAAUGAACAGUGUGCGUUAAACCUGUGAUAAAGCAGCAGUGUUAAUUCAGUGAUGAUCCGAUGAUAGAAACCUAAUAUAACUGUAACUGUUCCCAAUCUACUGUCUACUACUCAUCUCCCUCCUACUUCAUUAUACAGCACCUUCAGUCUUCAUCUAGACUAUCGUUGAUUUGACUUGACUUUAAAAAAUCAAAAAUUAAAUACAAAUUAGAUUUAAAAAUAAACGAAUAAAAAAGCACAAUACGGAAACAAGUGAUUUUUAUUUAUUUAUUUAUUUAUUUAAAUUCUCAAAUUUAAGGACUAGCAAAUUCCAGUUAAAGUAUCAUUAAAGGUUGACUUUCUUUAAAGACACGUGACGUGACCUUUCACACAAACCGGAUCUUUUUGAAUACAGCUGUUGGACAGGAAUGACCAGCGCCACACCAAAUUAAUGCGUCCACAAUCGCGAGUUGUACAUAAUAAUAAUAAUAAUAAUAAUAAUAAUAAUAAUAAUAAUAAUAAUACAAAAAUACCAAAUUUAUUUUGCAAAUAAAUGUUGUAUUUUUAUUUCAAUAUUUUUUUUUCCCUUUAUGACUCAGUUCUUUGACCAACUUGAUUAGAACUGUUCAGAAAUGUUAGUUAAUAUAUUAAUAUUAAUAAUAAUAAUAAUAUUAUUGAUGGGUUCAAGUCGAGAUGCGAUUGUCUGCUGUGUAAAAAAGAGGUUCAGAAGCCGUUCACGUGCUGCUCUUUUCUGAAAUAAUAAACACAAUAAUAUAAACAACAACAAAACAACGUCUCCAAGCAGUGCACAUAGAAUCAAAAGAAUUCCUCGCAGUUAAACAUUUCCUUAAACAUCAUGCUAAGAACAGAAACGGAUGCGAAUGAAUGAAUAAUUCUGAUGGUUGUUAUUAUUAAUGAAUGAAUGAAAGUAAUUACUUUAAUUCAUCCGAAUGAGUUAUUUAUAACUGAGUAAUCUGUUAUUUUAAUAAAAACCUUUUCUUUCACCGUGGCGCUUUUAUUACGCGCGUGUCGGUUCUGUGACUUUUUAAAGACACCGGGACGUUUCCUCUUUCAGACAGAGCACUUAUCAGACACUUCCUGUUGUGGUGGGGUGGUUUUUUUUUUUUUUGGUUUGAAAAUUACAGCCGGCGUUCAGUCGCUCGUGUCGCUUUGCGGCUCUGAAAGUACGAGCUGAAACUCAGAAAUGUUCAUUUUGUGCUCCACAGACUCGGAACAACGCGGCGACACUUCCUACACAUCUCUCCUGUUUAAAGUUUGGCGCAGACUGAGGAGGAUAAAAUAACACAAACUUAUGCAUCUCUCUGUAAUAUUGGAUGAAUGCUGAGUGAUUUUUAUAAAAUCGGAGCAGAACUUGUGAUUAAUCUGUGAAAUGUAAUAACAGCACGAAUCUGGAGGCAUGAACGAGUCUCGACGGCAAUAUUUAAACCAUUCCACGAGUGCGUGGUGGUGCGUCGGAGAUGAAAAGACUUUGGAGAUUUAACGAGUAAUUUCACACACUGAUUUAUCGACUGGGAGUUUAGUCGGAGAACGAAGACGAACAGAACCGCAGACUCGAACACAUGCUGUGUGUUUUUGGGCCAAAUUUAACUCGUGCCUUUAAAAUCAAUUUGAGUAAACACUUUACAUUAAAGUUUACUAACAUUCAUUCACCGGAUUAAUUAAUGAGCAUAAAAGAAACUCCAGCGCGAAUAAACUGCUCCAUUUAACGCAGUAAGAUUACACCUCGGCUCUCCUCCUUUCCUACCUUUAGACGUUCUGAUCCCUUCUUUCUUUCCCUUUUUUGUUUGCUCUUUUCUUUAUUGCUUCCAUUAUUCUUUUUUUUAUUCUUUUUUUCUUCCUUUUUUCCCCAUUUGUGCUCCCUUCCAUUUUCCAGUUUUUCAUUUUUCAUUUCUUCCCUUUUUCUUUCUUUUUCUUUCUUUCUGUCUGUCCAUCUCUUUCUUUUGUCUUUUUGUCUUUUUUUCUUUGUCUCUUUCUUUGUCUUUCCGUCUUCAUUCUGUCUUCCUUCUGUGUCUCGGUCUUUCUUUCUGUCGGUCCAGCUCUUUCUUUCUUUCUGUCGCUUUCUUUUUUUGAAUUUCCGUCUUCCUUCCGUCUCCCUUCUGUCUGUCUGUCUUUCUUUGUCUGUCCAUCUCUUUCUUUGUCUUUCCGUCUUCCUUCUGUCUCCCUUCUGUCUGUCUGUCUGUCUGUCUUUCUUUGUCUGUCCAUCUCUUUCUUUGUCUUUCCGUCUCCCUUCUGUCUGUCUGUCUGUCUGUCUGUCUGUCUGUCUGUCUGUCUGUCUGUCUUUGUCUGUCCAUCUCUUUCUUUGUCUUUCCGUCUUCCUUCCGUCUUCCUUCCGUCUCCCUUCUGUCUGUCUGUCUGUCUGUCUGUCUUUCUUUGUCUGUCCAUCUCUUUCUUUGUCUUUCUGUCUUCCUACCGUCUCCCUUCUGUCUGUCUGUCUGUCUGUCUUUCUUUGUCUGUCCAUCUCUUUCUUUGUCUUUCUGUCUUCCUUCCAUCUCCCUUCUGUCUGUCUGUCUUUCUUUGUCUGUCCAUCUCUUUCUUUGUCUUUCCGUCUUCCUUCCGUCUCCCUUCUGUCUGUCUGUCUGUCUGUCUUUGGUUCAGUGUUGGUGAAGUGCACCUGCGUGAAUGUUUAUUCAGCCCUUGACUAAAAAUAAAUGAGCAUAAAUGAGAUGUUAAUGAUUUGCUGAACUCUGGCCUCCAGGUGUAAAUAUUAAACCUGGUUUUCAGUCUCGGUUCUGAAUUCUAAUGGAGUUCUAAAAGUUGUUCAGUGUGAGAUGAUGUUUUCCUCACCGAGAUGAACGUGAAUUAGUGUAGCUGUUCGUUAUUUAAUAUGAACCCCGUCAUGAAAGUUUUGAGUUAAUAGAUAAAGAUCAGUGACGUGAACUUUAAUGUAAAGUGAUUAAACCUUGUGUACUCAAUGUUUUAUUUUACUUGAGUGAAACCAAAGUGUGUGUGUGUGUGUGUGUGUGUGUGUGUGUGUGUGUGUGUGUGUGUGUGUGUGUGUUUACCUACAAUAAUAAAAUAUUAAUAAUAAGUUUUCUGUAUGUUUACUACUAAAAUAUACUGAAUGUACGACAUGGUGUUAACUGACAUUUGCUUUUAAUCCGGAAGAUGCCCUGAUAUAAUCGGGUUUAUAUUUUCAGGUCUGUUCACAUGUAGAAUUUUCAUUCUGAAUUAAAUUAAAGUGUUUUGUUUACUUU